AUGAUACCUGUUUCCGUGAAGAAACUGGAAGAGAGUGUCCAUGUGAAACACCGCAUCCGUAACGCCUUCAGUUUGUGGUGGUUGGGCAUGAUCAACAACUUCCAUUACACACUAGUGCUUGCUGGCUCGGACGGCAUUGCUGAAGGCUACGGCAUGAAGAAGUACGUGGCGCUGAUCACUUUUGCGAAUGUGUUUCUUUGGGAUCAUAUCAAAUUUUUCUCACGCCUUUGUGAUUCAGCGCCUGUCGUACAACAUUCGCGUGACAGCGGCGUCUCUGAUGACGACUG